AUGCUAGAUCAACUGUACAACGUAAUUAAGCUCUUUGAUAGCCAUCAAAUCUCGUUUAAUGAAGCUGAAAUAUCUAUAGAAACUGAAAGUCUUCUUCAUGCGUUCGUGGGAUCGUUCGACUAGUUUAUUGCCUCUUGCCUGCAGGUCAGCUAUCUUACCCUGAAUACUUAGAACAAGGUCCAUCUGCGACAAGCUAACUAAACUGUAUCGUAUACCAGACUUGCAAACGGAGAGGAAAAGAUGAAUGCUUUUGUACUGGUUCUCUCAAUAAUUUCGCAAAGACUAGCGUUAUCUAUCCUCAAUACAGAAUUGCUGAAUCAAGCUGAUUUCCGAAUGCAAAUCUUUCGCUAACGAAAUGGUCAGUCAGUGCAUAAACUCUUGAAUAAGUGCUAAACAAUUUCCAGGAGCCCUCAUUGCUUCAGAUCAUCUACAUAACCGCAGAGGAAUUCAUCAUUCGAGAAGAGGAUUCAUCUCAGUCCAAACAUUUUUGGGAAUCUUGAGCAAUGUCGGAAAAUUCUUGAAUUAUUGGUUGACGAAGUAUUCAGGCCUGGGAUUUCUCACAGUCUAAAAAAAUAGUCAAAUAGAGUUGGAAAUGAAUUUCAGGAUAUUAUAGGCAGAUUGUAAUAUUAAGACUGCAUGGACGCUAAGAAUUUUUAAGAUAAGAAGCAAGACCUUGGAGAACUAGCUAUAGAUUUACAUCUUGACGUCAGAAAUCUUAUCGGCUUGGCAAAGCUAAAAAGGUUUACUGCGAUCCAUCUGGACAGGACCAUCAGAGAAUCGGCUCCGCCAGACUAAGACCUGUUGCCUGGUUCAUUGGACCUCAGAACGUAAACUAUCCAAGUCGGAAUUCUUAAACUCUGGCUUGACAGCAUUGCUACCGAUUCAUUUGAGUUGGGAAGACUCUAUGAUCGUGCCACCCGUAUGUACGCAGCUUGUGAUCGUGAGCACAUGCAUCGCAACGAUCGCUUUAAACAGGCUGUCGCAGCCUUGCUUGACGAGGCGGGACUCUUCAAUGCUGAUGAUAAAGCGGAGGAAAAAAAAGAGUCAAAAGGUAUCCGGUAGGGGGAUCCUAGCCUGGAUGAGUCGAGGAGAAGUCACUUCAACUAACCUGGCGGGCAAUCGAGGCUGAAACAAUCGCAAUCAGUGGAAAAACAUCGGGCUAGAAAGGGUGGCUUAUUGCAACCACAAGAACGUCAUGGGCGGAGUCUUGGAGCAACCUCUUCCAUCAAUGAAGAUGAUAGUCAAGGGAAGGAUGGCAGUCGAAAAGAAAAAUAGGAUAAUACUUCGGGAAACCUCCAACUGAAUGCCUCGGUGAAUAGUUUUAUCUCGGUGCACAGUAAUUAGAUGCUCACUCCUUCUGAUGGAAAUAUGGAUGAGGAUAAGGAUGAAGCUUAGAAGGAGGAAGGCUCUGACAAGAAAGGGCUUUGA